AUGAAUUAGCAAUUAUAAUAGUAAGUUUGUAGAGAAAUUAUAAUUUUAUAAAAUAACUUUUAAGCAUAAUUAGGUAUAUUAUAAAUUGAAUAAGGAUAUAAUUUAAUUUGUUAUUAGCUUUAAAAAAUUUAUAGAAAGAAUUAAGUAAUAAAGUUACUAUAUUGGGUAGACUCAGCAAAGAAUUAGAUCACGCAAAUAUCUUAAUUAGAUAAUCAAAAAAAUAUUCAUGAUAUUAAGCAAAAUUUAUCUAACAAAAUAAUUGAACAAUCAUAAAUUAAUACAGAUUUAAAGAUUCAGAUUUAGAAUUUUGAAUAAAGUAAAAAAUUGAAAUACAGAACUUCGUAAAUAUCAUAGAAUAACAAAAAUUAAAUAUAGUUGUAUUCGAAGAAAUUAGAGGAAAAUUUUUAUAAAAUAGAUUGA